AUGUUCGCCAAGCUCCCCUCAGUCGCCGCACUAGUGGCGCUCAGUUUUACAGCUCAGGCAACCCAAAUCUUCCACAACACGGGAACCACCUCAGGCUGGGACGCCACCAACCAUGAGCACAACGGCAAAGUACAACAGGUGACCAAUGUGGUCUACCAGGGCUCCACUGCUCUAAAGAUGACCCAAGUCUAUGACCCCGAUUACACGGGCCGAUACCACUCCGAAGUGGUUAAGAAGGACGUGUACAAGCGGGGCGACGAAGGCGCGUACGGAUUUGCCUUCCGACUCCAACAGAACUGGGAGUUCUCCCCGGCACAAUCCUACAACAUCGCACAGUUCAUCGCCGACUUCUCAGACAGUGAGUGCGAUGGCUUUAUGCCAUCCAGCAUGGUCUUUUUGGAGGGCGAUCAGCUCGUCUCCCGAGUCAAACAGGGUACUAUCUGCAAACAGAAGACUGUGUUCUUCCGCAACCUCGCCACUGUGACUGCGGGCGAAUGGCACCUGAUUCAGAUUGAGGCGAAGUGGGAGUCGGAUGAGACGGGAUAUUACAAGUUGUGGUUUGAUGGGGAGUUGGUCUUGGACAAGAGCAAUAUCAAAACUACCAUUGAGGAUGAUCGGGCAUUCCAGUUCCGGGUUGGCUUGUAUGCUAAUGGGUGGUAUGACGAUGAUGGGAUGCAGGGGACUCAGGGCACUCGACAGAUUUGGUAUGAUGAGAUUGCUGCCGGAACUACGCUUGCCGAUGUUGAUCCCGAUCAGUGGUGA